AUGUCUAAUCGGAUUCUGUCCAGCAUGCAGCAGGCGCGUCUUGCCCUGCUCAAGAAGAUUUACAAACCAGCCGCCCACUUGCAGAAAGGAUCCAUCGAGUACGAAAGGCUGGCGCGCUCCGGACGAGUAUGGGAAGAUUAUUUUAUGCCCGGCAACAGCCUCAAGAUGGGCUACGUCGAUGUGCAGCGGAGAAUGACUGGUCUGCUGGAUGAAAUCGAUCACCUCAGAGGGAGACUGCCAGUAAUGGACCUGGGGAAAACCCUGGUUGCCGAGUACGCCCAGCAGUCCGUAAUGAUUGAAAACAACCCUCUUUCAGUGACAGACGCGAUCCGCAUUUCCGACCGCCUGCGAGGUGGCCUUGAACAAGUUGACCUGGCCUCCACGCCCAGCAGCGAGCUUGCCAGACUUGUGACGGCGUGGACUACUCCAAGAGGCGCAGAUAUCACCGAGUCGGCUACGAAUGAGCUGCAGAACCACAUCAUCGCAUCGCAAUGGAUCGCAGAGAACGCGGCGGCCAAGGCUGGUACGGCGGGACUAUGCGAAGCUGAAGUACGAGACCUCGCCGUAGUGUCCGUCGUCAACACAGACUCCGAGUCGGCCUAUGACACCUGGAGAACAGACUCAAAAAAGGCUGGCGGCAACUUGGUAUGGGGAUCGAGAGUCCCGGCCUGCAUGGAGAGGUUCUUUCAAUGGCGAGACCUGCAACAUCGAGAAAAGGCGCUGCACCCGCUGAUCCUGGCUUGUCAGAUGACGGCCUACUUUGUUCUCGUUCAUCCGUUUCCCGAUGGCAACGGGCGUACCAGUCGCAUGGUCAAGCAGGAUUACCUGGCGCGUCAGGGCUACGUUCCCGUCGUCAUCCGGAACUUACAGCGGGAAGACUACCUGCGGAUGAUCGACGGCGCCAGCCAAGGCAAACCGGAGGAAUUCGUAACAGCGGUGCUUGAGGCUCAACUGGCCGUGUUGCACCAGGCUUCCGCGCGCCUCAAGAUGUAG